AUGAGCCGGAAAGCCAUGUCGAUCUCGUCCGUGACCGUUGCACGGGUAUUUCAUGAUAUCUCAUUCAAAAAUGACCAAACGCGUAUUGCAUCGUCCACUGUGGGCCUUUCCGCAGAGUACAUUCGGCUAUUUGUUCAGGAAGCCAUCCUUCGCUCUAAUGCCCAAAGGCUCGCUGAUCAUCCUCCAUCGGAGAUAGAUGGUAUCGAUAAUGUGCGAGACCAGAAGGGAACACAAGGAGAUGAUUUAGAUAUUGACAUUGAAAAUGACCAAUUCAGAGAGAAUUCAUUCGAAGAUGAGUUGGAGGAGCGUGGUCUGGGUGUAUCCACUCAGAUGCCUCCACCAGCUGGAGGAAACGAUACGUUGGAUUCUCGCCAUUUGGCUGCGGUGGCUGGAAUGUUGGUGAUGGACUUUUGA